UCUCUUACCGGCCAUUUUCUUCUACUACUCAUGGCUACCUUCUCUCUCUCUCGUUCUAUCCAAUUGCAACCCGUUUGCUUCAUUAAACCCUACCUCUUCAAACCCAAUUUCCAAUCUUACCCCUACCAUUCUCUCAAAUCCCGACCUUGUCCCCUCUGGUCUUCCUCCUUCUCCCUCUGCCUCCUCCACACUCGCGCUCUCUCUCACCACCAUCACCACCGCCGCCGCAGCCCUCUUCUUCCUCCCCAUACAAUCGGACCUAAGCCGGCGCGCAGGCCGAUCCCAUCCGUCCGAUCCUUCUGCAUUUCGGCUUCGUCGACGGUCGCGGAGAUGGCCGACACCGGAAGCAAUCCACUCCUGAAGGAAUUCUACUUCCCGCCGUUCGAUUCGAUCGAGGCCAGCCACGUACGCCCCGGAAUCCGUGCCUUGCUCAAGCAAUUGGAAUGUGAUCUGGAGGAACUGGAGAGGACGGUUGAGCCGACGUGGCCGAAGCUGGUGGAGCCGCUGGAGAGGAUAGUCGAUAGGCUCGCUGUUGUGUGGGGUGCCGUUUCGCAUCUCAAGGCCGUCAAAGAUAACGCCGACCUUCGUUCCGCCAUCGAAGAAGUCCAGCCGGAAAAAGUGGCAUUUGAGCUUAAAUUAGGUCAGAGCAAACCAAUUUAUAAUGCGUUCAAAGCUAUUAGAGAAUCUUCUGAUUGGGAGGCACUGACGGGUGCACGUAAACGGAUAGUUGAAGCGCAAAUAAAGGAGGCUGUUUUGAAUGGUGUUGCUCUUGAUGAUGAAAAGAGGGAGGAGUUCAAUAAGAUUGAACAGGAAUUGGCAAAACUAUCUCAAAAGUUUGGGGAGAAUGUUUUAGAUUCAACGAAGAAGUUUGAAAAAUUAAUUACAGAUAAGAAAGACAUCGAAGGUUUACCUGCUUCGGCUCUCGGAUUGGCUGCUCAAACAGCUGUAUCUAAGGGACAUGAAAAUGCUACAGCAGAGAGUGGACCUUGGAUGAUUACACUGGACGCCCCGAGUUUCAUGGCCGUAGUGCAGCAUGCAAAAAAUAGAACUUUACGUGAGGAAGUCUAUCGUGCCUAUAUAAGCCGUGCUUCUAGUGAAAGUCUCGACAAUACAGCAAUUAUUGACCAAAUUUUGAAGCUUAGAUUGGAAAAAGCUAAGCUUCUUGGAUAUAAUAACUAUGCAGAGGUGAGUAUGGCCUCCAAGAUGGCGACUGUUGAAAAGGCGGAAGAGCUCCUUGAAAAACUUCGCAGUGCAUCGUGGAAUCCUGCAGUUCAAGAUAUGGAGGACCUCAAAGUGUUUGCAAAGAGUCAAGGUGCUCCAGAAGCCGAUAACCUAAAUCAUUGGGACACUAGCUUCUGGAGUGAGAGGCUCCGUGAAUCGAAGUACGACUUAAAUGAGGAAGAAUUGAGACCAUACUUUUCGUUCCCUAAAGUUAUGGAUGGUCUUUUCAGUCUUGCACAUAAGUUGUUCGGGAUCAGUGUUGAACCAGCCGAUGGUUUAGCUCCAGUUUGGAUGAGUGAUGUUAAGUUUUACCGCGUCAAUGGUUCGUCAGGUAGCCCAAUCGCGUACUUUUAUUUUGACCCAUAUUCUCGCCCAUCUGAAAAGAGAGGAGGAGCAUGGAUGGAUGAAGUAGUUGGUCGAAGUCGUGUAUUGUCACAAGAUGGUUCCUCUCCUAGGUUGCCUGUUGCUCACAUGGUGUGCAACCAAAUGCCACCUGUAGGUGACAAGCCUAGCCUUAUGACAUUUCGCGAGGUCGAGACUGUGUUUCAUGAAUUUGGUCAUGCUCUUCAGCAUAUGCUAACAAAGCAGGACGAGGGUUUGGUUGCUGGUAUAAGGAACAUCGAGUGGGAUGCUGUCGAAUUACCUUCUCAAUUUAUGGAAAAUUGGUGCUAUCACAGAGAUACCUUGAUGAGUAUCGGUAAGCAUUAUGAAACCGGAGAAAGUAUUCCAGAUGACAUAUACAAAAAGCUUCUUGCUGCUAGAACCUUCCGUGCUGGUUCUCAAAGUCUUCGACAGCUUAGAUUCGCCACUCUCGAUCUACAGUUGCACUCAAAGUACGUACCUGGUGGGCCAGAGUCGAUCUUUGAUGUUGACAGAAGAGUUAGUGAGAAAACACAAGUGCUUCCUCCACUUGCAGAGGAUAAGUUCCUUUGCGGUUUCAGUCAUAUAUUCGCUGGUGGAUAUGCAGCUGGAUACUACAGCUACAAGUGGGCUGAAGUUUUGUCGGCUGAUGCGUUUUCAGCAUUUGAAGAUGCCGGAUUGAAUGAUGACAAGGCUGUAAAGGAAACAGGCCAUAGAUUCCGAGAAACAGUUCUUGCUCUCGGAGGUGGAAAAGCUCCAUUAGAGGUGUUUGUGGAAUUCCGCGGGCGCGAACCCUCGCCUGAAGCGCUCCUAAGGCACAACGGUUUAUUGCAAGUUGCAUGAGGAGUUUUAUCGGCCAAUCUUUUAUCGUUUUUAGUGCCUUAAAGAAACAAACACAUUUAGCCUUGUUUAUUUCUUAAGGUUAAAAGUUAAAUAAGACGUAGAUUUUCAUCUUUCAUGUUUCGAAGUCCUUCGAAAUUUCAGCCAGAACCCAUCUGUUUACGUACAUCAACUAAAUUUCGGAAGAUUGCAGAAUCUUGUAGUAUUUAAAAUAUUAGAAAUUUGCAAUGUCUACGAAAUUACGCGGUCCUUUAAAUUAAGUGAAAGAUACCUUCUCGCGGUUCGA